UCCUGUGCAGUUGAACGGGACGACAUUUCGUUCAUGCCCGUGACAGGAAAAGAAAGGACAUAGUUGACUGUUACAGGGGAUAGCCAGAACAGACCGCCAGGCCGGAGACAGACGGAUGGGAUUCCCAGUUGCUAGCUAGAUGGAGAAACCGAGAGGGUGGAAGAGUGUUCGUGUUGUAAAUAAUUAAAUAUCCUUAUACUGGCGAAGAAGGUAAAAUGCAUCUACACCAGGUGCUAACCGGAGCUGUUAAUCCCGGGGACAGUUGUUAUUCGGUCGGAAGCGUCAAUGACAUCCCUUUCACGGCCUAUGGAUCCGGCUGUGACAUCGUCAUCUUGGCCAGUGACUUUGAGUGCGUGCAGAUCAUCCCUGGCGCCCAGAAUGGAAACAUCCAGGUGGGCUGUGUGGAGUGCUCCCAUCAGCUGGGCCGGAUUGCAGCAUCCUAUGGAAACACUGUGUGCAUUUUUGAGCCAAUAAUCACAAACCCAAACAAGCGGCAUAAGCAACUCAAUUACCAAUGGCAGAAAACCGGACAAUUCUUCCUCAAUGCUAUGACCUACAAUUUGGCAUGGGAUCCACAAGGGAACCGGAUCCUGGCGGCCACGGAGAGGCUGCAGCUGUGGGCGCCUCCGUCCUGCGACACCCUGGUGGAGGAGGAGGACAGCCAGCUGGCCGACGACAAGCCCCACCCCGUCCUCAACGACUGGAAGUGUGUGUGGCAGUGCAAGACCGCAGCUGCGGUGCACAUCACCAAGUGGUCUCCUGAUGGGGAGUACUUUGCCACUGCUGGGAAGGAUGACUGUCUCCUCAAGGUGUGGUACCCGACCACGGGCUGGAAGUCUGCGGUGGUCAUCCCCGAGGUGCCGGACAAGAAGGCCCCUUCGGUGCACUUCUCCUUCGUCUACCUGGCCCACCCUCGCACCGUCACCGGCUUCUCCUGGAGGAAGACCAGCAAGUACAUGCCCAAGGGCUCGGUGUGUAACGUGCUGCUGACGGCGUGUGCGGACGGCAUCUGCCGCCUGUGGUCAGAGACCCUGCUGCCGGAGGACAGCCUGCUGGGAGGCCAGAUCUCGGAGAACAGCACCAGCUUCAGCAGCAGCCUGCCCCACAUGGGCGGCAAGGACAAGAUCCAGCACGCUCUGGAGUCCAUCCACCACCUGAAGCACUUGCGGCGUGGACGCAGGAGAUCCUCGGCCCUGGUGGCCCACACCGAGCUGCUGCCCAGCCAGAUGGGCUCUCACGAGGUGCACCGGCACAUCUCGCACCAUGCCAACGCCCUCUGCCACUUCCACAUCUCCGCCAGCAUCAACCCCAACACGGACAUUCCGAUUGCGCUGGCCGGUUCCCUGUUCUCCACGGACGAGCCCAACGGCGGCUUCGUGGUCCACUGGCUGAACAACAAGGACCUGAGCUUCACCACCUCCAUGGACCUGUUCAUGCAACAGCUGCGCAAGCUGUCCGAGCAGCAGCUGGAACACGGCGGAGAGGACAUCGACCCCGAGGGAUCGCCCAUGAAGUUCGACUUCGAGGUGGACGAGAUGUCCGAUAAGGCGCUGUCGGAGCACGGCGAGGAGGGCGAGCAGGAGGGCAGCACCAAGGCGUCAUCGCCCGGGUCCAGCAGUAGCGUCCCACUGCCCACCAUGCUGCUGGACAGGAAGAUGGAGACCCUCACCCUGGAGUGGAACAAGAGCCCCGACAUGCUCUUCACCAUCCACCCCGUGGACGGCUCCUUCCUGGUGUGGCACAUCAAGUACCUGGACGAGUUCAUCCCUGGCAUCUUCAGACAAGUCCAGGUGACAUUCUCCUCCCGCAUUCCCGUGGCUUUCCCGACGGGCGACGCCAACUCCCUGAGCAAGAACAUCAUGAUGUACGCGUGCACGCCGAGCGAGGUGGACAGCGGCGCCGAGCUGGACCAGAAGCGUUCGGGCCGGCACGGUCCCCCGCGCAGCGCCUCGGUCAGCCUGGGGGCCUCGGCCCUGGCCGCCCCUCCGAGCCGCUCGCUGGCCGUGGUGGGCCCCGCCGUCAUGAUGGUCUCCAAGCACGUGGACGGCUCGCUCAACCAGUGGGCCGUCUCCUUCGCCGAGAAGUCGGCGUUCGCCAGCGUGCUGACCGUCUCGCACAAGUUCCGCUACUGCGGCCACCGCUUCCACCUGAACGGCCUGGCGUGCCACACCGUGCUGCCGCUGCUGCUGACCUCCUCGCACCACAACGCGCUGCUGACCCCUCCGCCGCCCGCCGAGGCUGAGAGGGCCUGGCCGGACCACGAGGGCGACGAGGAGGGGGGGGGCGGUGGCGGCGGCGGCGGACGAGCCGGGCGGGGAUCGCUGAAGGGGUUCCCGCGCAAGCAGCUGCGCAACGCGGCCACGCGCACCUUCCACGACCCCAACGCCAUCUACAGCGAGCUGAUCCUGUGGCGCGUGGACCACAUCGGCCCGCUCUCCUGCACCGGCGGCGUCUCCGAGCUGGCGCGCAUCAACUCGCUGCACACCUCCGCCUUCUCCAACGUGGCCUGGCUGCCCACCCUGGUGCCCAGCUCCGUGCUCGGUACCUACUGUAACUCGGCCAGCGCCUGCUUCGUGGCCUCCGACGGCAAGAACCUGCGGCUGUACCAGGCGGUGGUGGACGCGCGGAAGCUUCUAGACGAGCUGUCCGACCCCGAGACCUCUAAACUCGUCGGGGAGACGUUCAACAUCGUCAGUCAGCAGUCCACCGCCCGACCAGGCUGCAUCAUCGAGCUGGACGUCAUAACCAACCAGGUUAGGAACACGAGCCAGUGCGGCUCCAACACACAGCUGCUCCACGUGUUCCAGGAAGACUUCAUUUUGGGGUACAAGCCGCACGAUGAUGCCCCUGACUUCAGCACCUUCCCCUCCUCCGAAGAAUACCAGGCGCCGCCGUUCUCCGAGAAGUUCUUCCUGGUGGUGAUCGAGAAGGACGAGCAGCACAACUCGUUCGUCCAAAUGUGGCACCUCCACCUGAAGUCUGUGCAGGCCUGUGUGGACGAGCCCGUGGUGCCGGAUGUGUUCCAGAACCAGCUGAUGGUGCCGCAGACGGCGGGCAACGCCGAGUCGUCCCCGGAGACGUCCCCUGGCCAGAGCCCGCUGCCCCGAUCCUCCUCCUCUGCCAACCUGCAGUCGGCCAGCAAGCUCAUCCUCAGCUCCCGCCUGGUCUACAGCCAGCGCCUCGAGCUCCCCACCGGGGUGGAGAUCAUCCGGGCUACUCCCUCCGCGGGUCACCUGAGCUCCUCGUCCAUCUACCCCGUAUGUCUGGCGCCGUACCUGAUCGUGACCACCUGCUCGGACGGCCGCGUGCGCUUCUGGCGCUGCGCCGUCGACGUGGACCUGACCCUGGCCCCGUCCACUCCGGAGUCCGAGUCGGCCUGCUCGUACCGCUGGGAGCCGUGGAGCCUGCUGAACGAGGAGGAGGACAACAACAGCGCCGUGGGCGUCCCGGGCCGGCCGGUGGCGGUCAGCUGCUCCUACACGGGCCGCCUGGCCGUGUCCUUCAAGCAGCCCUCGGCCGCCCCGGGCUCGCGCGACUUCUCCAUGCACGUGUCCAUCUACGAGUGCGAGUCCACGGGCGGCUCCGAGUGGGUUCUGGAGCAGACGCUGCACCUGGAGGACGUGGCCCGUCCGGCCGAGGCGCUGGACCCGUGCGUGAGCGUGGACAGCAACCUGUUCGUCUACAGCAGGUCCGACCUGUUCCUGCACAAGGACAGCCCCAACAUCAAGCACUUUGUGCACCUGGACUGGCUGUCCAAGGAGGACGGCUCGCACAUCCUGACGGUCGGCGUGGGCUCCAGCAUCCUGAUGUACGGCCGCAUCUCGGGCAUGAUCAACGAGCCCACCGGCGGCAAGGAGGGCAUGGCGGUGAUCGCUCUGCCCCUAGGGGGCAGCAUCAAGCAGGGCGUGCGCUCUCGCUGGGUACUGCUGCGCUCGGUGGCGCUGGUGUCGUCGGUGGACGGGACGCCCUCGCUGCCCGUCUCGCUGUCGUGGGUGCGCGACGGCAUCCUGGUGGUGGGCAUGGACUGCGAGAUGCACGUGUACGCCCAGUGGCGGCAGGACAAGAAGCCCGGCGAGUCGGAGGGAGGAAGCCUCUGCUCCGCCGAGGACAUCGCCGCGGCAACGACCCGCCCGACCCCGACCGAGGGCCGCGGCCGCUCCAAGAGCGUGUUCGAGACCGGCGCCAUGGACGACAUCUUCCGCGCGCCGCCCGUGCUCCAGGACGGGGGUCUGUUCGAGGCGGCGCACUCGCUCUCCCCGACGCUGCCGCAGUACCACCCCACGCAGCUGCUGGAGCUCAUGGACCUGGGCAAGGUGCGCCGCGCCAAGGCCAUCCUGUCGCACCUGGUCAAGUGCAUCGCCGGGGAGGUGGCGGUGGUGCGGGACGUGGAGGCGGGCGAGGGCGGAGGUCGACGACACCUGUCGCGCACCAUCAGCGUGAGCGGCAGCACGGCCAAGGACACCAUCGUGGCGGGGCGCGAGGGCGCGCGCGACUACACCGAGAUCAACUCCAUCCCGCCGCUGCCGCUCUACGCGCUGCUCUCGGCCGACCUGGACACCUCCUACAAGGCCGGCGAGGAGGCGGGCAAGGGCCCCAAGGAGGCCGAGGCGCGCAAGCCCGGCGAGGACCAGUACGCCGACCUCUUCCAGGCGCCCGGCGUCUCCACCGACGACUACGUGAGCUUCGCCGCGGAGAAGCCGGAGAAGAAGUCGCGCUUCAUCAACCUGUCCCAGUACGGACCCACCUACUUCGGGCCCGAGCACGCGCAGGUGCUGUCCAGCCAGCUCAUGCACUCCAGCCUGCCCGGCCUCACCCGCCUGGAGCAGAUGUUCCUGGUGGCACUGGCCGACACCGUGGCCACCACCAGCGCAGAGGUGGGCACGGCCGACACACAGUACACAGGUGGCGAGGCGCUGGAUGAGUGUGGUCUGCGGUACCUGUUGGCCAUGAGGCUGCACACCUGCCUGUUGACCUCACUUCCUCCACUCUAUCGGAUGCAGCUGCAGCACCAAGGCGUGUCCACGUGCCACUUCGCCUGGGCGUUCCACUCGGAGGCGGAGGAGGAGAUGCUGAACAUGAUCCCGGCCAUGCAGAAGGGCGACCCGCAGUGGUCCGAGCUCCGGGCCGUGGGAGUGGGCUGGUGGAUCCGCAACAUCAACACGCUGCGCCGCAUGGUGGAGAAGGUGGGGAAAGCUGCAUUCCAGAGGAACAAUGAUCCGCUCGACGCGGCGCUGUUCUACUUGGCCAUGAAGAAGAAAGCCGUUCUGUGGGGGCUUUUCAGGUCUCAGCACGACGAGAAGAUGACCCAGUUCUUCAGCCACAACUUCAGCGAGGACCGCUGGCGCAAGGCGGCGCUGAAGAACGCCUUCUCGCUGCUGGGCAAGCAGCGCUUCGAGCAGUCCGCCGCCUUCUUCCUCCUCGCCGGCUCGCUCAAAGACGCCAUCGAGGUGUGCUUGGAGAAGAUGGAGGACAUCCAGCUGGCCAUGAUCGUGGCGCGGCUCUACGAGGCCGACUACGAGAGCUCGUCCACGUGCCAGGGCAUCCUCUACGAGAAGGUGCUGGGCUGCAAGCGCGACGGCUCGGCCUUCUCCUGCAGGAAGCUCAGCCCGGACCCCUUCCUGCGCAGCAUCGCCUUCUGGAUCAUGAAGGACUACACCCGCGCCCUGGACACUCUGCUGGAGCAGAUCCCCAAGGAGGACGACGAGAACCCCGAGGUGAUGGUGAAGUCGUGCAACCCGGUGGUGUUCAGCUUCUACAACUACCUGCGCACGCACCCGCUCAUCAUCCGCCGGCACUUUGCCUCGCCGGAGGGCGUCCCGGCGACGGUGGGCCUGACUGCGGAGAAGAGCAGCGCCGACGAGAUCAACCUGAUCGAGCGCAAGCUCUUCUUCACCACCGCCAACGCCCACUUCAAGGUGGGCUGCCCCGUCCUGGCGCUCGAGGUGCUCUCCAAGAUCCCCAAGGUCACCAAGAAGGUCGGCGGCGGCGGCGGCAGCGGAGGAGGCUCCGUGAGCAAGGGCUCGUCCGUGGCCAACGUCAGCAGCGCGGUGGAGAACGGCGGCCGAGCCGGAGACCUGGACUGGGGAACGGCGGCACCGGCGUGGGGGUCCGCAACCACGACGACAGCCGCCGACUCGUCCUCCCUGAUGGACUGGGGUCAGCCGGUGGUCAAGGCCGAGGACGACGACCUGAAGCUGGACUGGGGCGAGGACAAGGCCGAGGACGACGAGGAUGACGAAGACGACGACGACGGAGGCCUGACGAUGAAGAAGCCCGAGGUGGCGGCGGCGGUGGAGGAGAAGAGGAAGGCCAGCAGGCCGUCGGGCAAAGUGGGCAGCCUGCAGCGCGAGGACUCGGCCGGGGAGGGCGAGGUGGACGUCAUCGCCGAGCAGCUCAAGUUCCGCGCCUGCCUCAAGAUCCUGAUGACCGAGCUGCGCACGCUGGCCACGGGCUACGAGGUGGACGGCGGAAAGCUGCGCUUCCAGCUCUACAACUGGCUGGAGAAGGAGAUCGAGGCCAUGCACCACAUCUGCAACUACAAGGCCGAGGGCCAGGAGGGGGUGACCGCUACCGGCGCCUCCUCCUCCUCGACCUCCUCGGCCGUGGAGAAGUGGACCGACACCGGCGCCGAGGCCUCGCUGGACCCUGGAGAGGACGCCGGGCCGUACGAGCGCCACCUGGUGGAGCGGAGGAGGCUGCAGGCCAAGCAGCAGCACGCCGAGCGGCGUAAGGCCUGGCUCCGCAAGAACCAGGCGCUGCUGCGCAUCUUCCUCAGCUACUGCAGCCUGCACGGGGCCAAGGGCGGAGGGGUCACCUCCGUCAGGAUGGAGCUGCUCUUCCUGCUGCAGGAGUCCCAGCAGGAGACCACGGUGAAGCAGCUGCAGUCUCCUCUGCCGCUCCCCACCACGCUGCCCCUGCUGUCGGCCAGCAUCGCCCCCACCAAGACCGUCAUCUCCAACCCCGUGCUGCACCUCAACAACCACAUCCACGACAUCCUCUACACCAUCGUGCAGAUGGAGGCUCCGCCGCACCCCGACACCAUCGACGACCGGGUGAAUAUGCUGCAUACACUGGCUGCCUCUCUCUCUGCGUGCAUCUAUCAGGCCCUGUGUGACAGCCACAGCUACAGCAGCCAGACGGAGGCCAAUCAGUUCACAGGGAUGGUGUACCAGGGCCUGCUGCUUAGCGAGCGCCGACGGCUUCGCACGGAGAGCAUCGAGGAACACGCCACGCCCACGUCUGCCCCUGCACAGUGGCCAGGCGUGUCGUCCCUCAUCAGCCUGGUGCUGUCGGCCCAGGGUGAGGAGCAGCCGCGUCUGAACGUGAUGUUGUGUGAGGCGGUGGUGGCGGUCUACCUCAGCCUGCUCAUCCAUGGCAUGGGCACACACUCGGGCAACGAGCUGUUCCGGCUGGCAGCGCACCCGCUCAACAACCGCAUGUGGGCCGCCAUCUUCGGGGGAGGGGCCAAGGUCAUCAUCAAGCCCAAGAGGCCCUCUGAGAGCCCAGCUCUUCCCCCCCCCACCCCGCCGGCCGAGGAUGUGGACCGGCACCGGCGCCGCUUCAACAUGCGCAUGCUGGUGCCCGGGCGACCGGUCAAGGAGACGCCUCCGGCCACCCCUCCGCCCGUCCCUGUGGAGCGGCCCACCUACAAGGAGAAGUUCAUCCCUCCUGAGCUCAGCAUGUGGGACUACUUUGUGGCCAAGCCCUUCCUGCCUCCCUCGGACAGCGGUGCCCUGUACGACUCGGACGAGAGCGGAGUGAGUGACGACGACGACGACGACGACGCCUUCCUCUCCGACACGCAGAUGACCGAGCACUCUGAUCCAAACUCAUACAGCUGGGCACUCAUCCGCAUGGUGAUGGUCAAACUGGCCCUGCACAAUGUCAAGACCUUCCUCCCCCUCACUGGGUUGGACUUCACAGACUUGCCGGUGGUGUCCCCCCUGUGCAACGCUGUGAUGAAGACCCUGGAGAACUGGGAGCAGGUCCUGCUGGACAAGAUGAACCGGUUUGACGGGCCUCCCCCCAGCUACAUCAACACCUACCCCACGGACAUGAGCGCCGGCGGGGGGCCCGCCAUCCUGCGCCACAAGGCCAUGCUGGAGCCCGACAACACCCCCUUCAAGGCGAAGCAUCACCUGUCCUUCCCCGUGCGCCGCCUCUGGCACUACCUGGUCAAGCAGGAAGCUCUGCAGGAGACUCUGAUCCGCUACAUCUUCACCAAGAAGAGAAAACAGAGCGAGUCUUUAGACGGCCAUGCGGAGCGGCUCAAUCGUAACUGCGUAGCGGGAGCUCGCAGUGGCAGCAAGGUGGAGGCGGACCUUGGCUACCCAGGCGGAAAGGCAAAGAUCGUCCAUAAGGAGUCGGACAUCAUCAUGGCUUUUGCCAUAAACAAGGCCAAUAUGAAUGAGAUCGUGCUGGCCUCCACCCACGAUGUGCAGGAGGUGGACGUGUCCACUCUGCUGGCUGCGCAGCCCUUCACCUGGAUCGGGGAGGACUUUGACAAAGAGUCGCGCAGCUCUGACGACGUGGACUACCGCUCCUCCCACACCAACAUCGCUCAGGCCAGCAGCGCGGCCGUGCCCAUCUCCGCCUCCGCCUCCAUGCCGUGGCUGGGCAGCGGGCAGACCAGCAUGGGCGCCAGCGUGAUAAUGAAAAGGAACCUGAAUAAUGUGAAGAGAAUGACAUCCCAUCCCAUAUAUCAGUAUUACAUGACUGGAGCCCAGGAUGGGAGUGUGCGCAUGUUUGAGUGGAACCGACCGCAACAGCUCAUCUGCUUCCGGCAAGCCGGCAACGCCAGAGUCACCCGACUCUACUUCAACUCCCAGGGCAAUAAGUGUGGCGUUGCUGAUGGGGAGGGCUUCCUGAGCCUCUGGCAGGUCAACCAAACCUCAUCAAACCCCAAACCUUACUUGAGCUGGCAGUGUCAUACCAAGACCUGUGGUGACUUUGCCUUUAUCACUUCUUCCAGUCUCAUUGCCACAGCCGGCCAAUCCAAUGACAGCAGAAAUUUAUGCUUAUGGGACACUCUGAUUUCGCCCAGUAAUACUAUGGUGCACGCCUUCCCUUGCCAUGACAACGGGGCCACUGUGCUGCAGUAUGCCCCCAAGCAGCAGCUCAUCAUCUCCGGGGGGCGCAAGGGGUGUGUGUGCAUCUUCGACAUCCGACAGAGGCAGCUGCUUCACACCUUCCAGGCCCACGACUCCGCCAUCAAGGCCCUGGCCAUGGACCCCUCCGAGGACUUCUUUGUCACCGGCUCUGCUGAGGGCAACAUGAAGGUGUGGAAGUUGACGGGUCAUGGCUUAAUGCACUCCUUCAGCACUGAGCACGCCAAGCAAUCCAUCUUCCGCAACAUCGGCGCCGGAGUGAUGCAGAUCGAGACCUGCCCAGGAAACCGCAUCUUCACCUGCGGCGCCGACGGCACGCUCAAAAUGAGAGUCCUCCCCGACCGCUACAACAUACCGGCUAGUAUAUUCGAUAUCCUGUAAAUUGUAGCUGUGGUGUAGUAACCAAGAGAGGGAUUACACAGAGUGAUGGAGCUUUUCUGGCAGCAAACUGUACGUUUCCUUAGCCAUGGAUCGUAACAAAGUGAGUUGCGCUGCAAAAUAUAUUUUCCAAAGGCUGAAACACAUAAGCAAAAGGUCAAAUGUACUUGAUUUAAAAAAAAAAAAAGAAAAAAUAAUAGAUUUACUGUAAUUUUAAGAAGCUGACAUUGUUCCCUGAAAAUCUCUGAUAGAGUGUGUCUAUAGGAAAGCUAUGCAUGUACUGUACUCGUAAAAGCGGUGCAUACACAGGUUUAUUGAUAGUGCUCUGUAAAAGUGCUCAAAGCAAAAACUUUUGUGUGUAUCUGUCGUCAUUUUGUGCCCACGGCUGAAAACUCUUAGCAUCUUUACCAGCACUGUGGUUUCUAUAUUACGUCAGUGGUUUCCAGUGUGACUCGAGUUGUCGGAUCUGCGUUUUAUUUCCUCCUCGUCCCUUCGUUUCCCAUUGGCUGCUCACAUUGCACAGUUGUAUGGCACAUAGCCCUCGUGGGCCCGCGCUGGCCAGGCCGGCCGGGCUCACAGUGAAAAAGAAACCUGUUAGCUCAUCUCUUAGCGCCACUGUUGCAGCUGUUGUCACCGAUGGCCCGCUCGGAGUGGCGGCUUCACUGCAAAACAUUCCAUUCGACUGAUGAAGUGAGGUUGACGUGGCUGUGAUUGAAAUGGUUCAUCUGUAUGUCUUGUUUUUUCCAGGCUGCACUGAAGUACUCGAUUUGACCAGAAACACUUUGUUUCAGUUAGUUCCAUUUUGCACAAAAAUAUUUGAUGUUCACUUGUUUGUUUUUGUAUUAUUUGCCCAUUCAUUCCUUUACAGACUGCUGUAUUUAUAUUGAUACUUAUUGCCUUUACAUUAGCGAUGUAAGGACUUAUGUUUAGCUAUCUGGGACACAGCACAGUACAGCUUCAGUUGCUGUUUUAUUUAUUGUUUUUGUCUUUUGUUUGUUAGUUUUUUUUAAUGUUUCAAUCAUAAAUGAACAUUUGCACUCAAAUCUGGAGACACUAUAAAUUUCAAGUUAAUUUAAAAAAUGACAAUGCUAUUCUAGAGGAAACUGUUAUAUACAAAUGAAUGUCUGGCUUCAUUUGGCCAAGUAGUAAAAACGGUUUAAAAUAGUUUUAAUAAAUAUAUAUAUAAAUAUAUAUAAAUGAACUACUACCAUAGCUUGUACAAACACAAAUGCUUUUAGUUUAUUUUUGGUUGUCAUACCAGCUGGACUAGUUGUACUUUGGUUAAAUGUAUGUGGUAUUUAUUAAAACAUAUUUGUGUUUCUGUCAGA